AAAGCAAAAUUACGCCAAAUGGGUCAAAAAUCAAAGAGAGCAACAGGAGAUGCUGAUACUUCGGAUGGAAAUCAAAGUAACCAGAGUAUCCCUACUAGUUUAAUUCCAAGAAAUAUGUCGAAAAUUAUGUUUGGUCCACUUUACACAGAUCAUGAAUAUUUGGAGGAAUUAUUAAGACAGGAAA